AUGGCUAAAUCAACUACCAAGCAAGCAACACCCAUCCUUGAAGCGGAGCCAGUCCGCGAGGAGCAACUUGAGCUCGGCAACUCGUCCUCCAACGAAAGUGAGAUCGAGGGUCUUUCCGAGGACGAUGAGGCGGGGUCUGGCGAAGAGCAGGGCUCCUCUGGGUCCCGCGCGUCCAGCGGCGUCCACACCGUCAAGAAGCUGGAUGCCAAGAAACGUGAGUCACAGCAAGAGGGUGGCAAGGGGUCCAAGAAGGGCCGCAGCAAGGCCGAGGAACUGUCAGGCAUCAUCUACGUGAGCAGGCUGCCUAAGGGUUUCCACGAGCGUGAGCUGGCCAAGUACUUCUCGCAGUUCGGGGAUCUGCGAGAGGUGCGUCUGGCGCGUAACAAGAAGACCGGCAACAGCAGACACUACGGGUUCGUGGAGUUUGUGAAUAAGGAGGAUGCACUCGUGGCCCAAGAGACUAUGCACAACUAUCUGCUGAUGAACCAUCUGCUGCAGGUGGUGGCGCUGCCUAAGGGGAAAAAGAUCGAGAAGCUGUUCCACUACAAAAAGAGGGCGUUCUCUGAGACCUCCGUGACCAAGUCCAGCGAGGAGCUCAAGCAACGCGCCAUCGACAAGCACGCCCAACGUGCUGCUAGACUGCAGGACAAGGGCAUCGAAUUCAAGUGGUGA